CAGAAUAUUCAAGAAGAACAUCGGAAAUGUUUUCACCAAAACUUUUGUUCAUAUGAUAAACUGUAUUUGCGUUGUAGUUCAGUACCGACCACAACGGUAAAUAAUGUUUUCAUUUUACUGUGCCCAGCUAAAUUAAGGAAAUAUAUUUUUUACACCGGUUUUUGCUUAGUUAAACUUAUCUUCUUUCAAGGUUUAGGUUUUGAACGCAAUCGUUUAUUCCCUAGAAAAUUUGGUGAGGCUCACUAUGGCUUCGCCUUACCGACAAAUUCGCCUUACACUGCCCCUCUAAGUAUUGAGAUGUUGGAACUCCGGAACAAAGGAGAAAUUUCAAGGAUAAUUGACAAGUGGAUGAUUGACAGAACACCUUGCAAGGCACUUGAUGAAGAUGAUGCUACGGAAAUCACUGAUACCAGUAGCAUGGGUGUGUUCAAUAUGCUGGGCGUCUUCAUCUUUAUGCUUGCUGGAAUCAUUGUCGGUGGAUUGAUUCUGAUUAUCGAGUGGAUCAUAGCGGCAUUUAAGGACAUUGACAAGUGGAAUCCCGAGGCGCCGCACACGUUUUACUCUGCCCUGAAGAGAAGACUAUCGAUCAGCUGCGACAACUCGAAGCGUGUAGUGUUCAUCAAGCCAUCAGAUUCUAGCAGAAAACCGUCAAGCUCCUCUAGCAAAUCAAAACUUGAAUACAAGCUUCCAUUGAGAGGAAGACAUGGAAGUACUGAGUUAUAACAGGAGCCCGCGAAGUCAAGUCCAAAACGAAUACGGCGAGAGAAGGAGUUGAGCUAACCUAUAACAUCAAUGAGAUUUAUCAUCUGUGGAAAUGCCGAUUUUAGCCUUUAGAGAGUUCAGGCUUUCCUAUACCUGUUCGAUGCUGUAUAAAGGCUUUAGAACCGAUUAAUGAAUGGACUUGCCGUAAACAAUGAAAAUUACUUCCGGCAAGCGGUUUCGUGUUUAUAACUCAGGCCGGUGCGACUCGUAUUAACGGAGGCCUUUUGGCGCGAGAAGCGAUAGAUGUGAACGCUAAGUAAUCGCAUUGUAUCAUUAUUUGAGUACUCUUCUGGUGCGUUGUCUGCAUUUGCCCCGUUGCCAGCGUUAAGAGAGCAGGGGUCUGUCAGAAUUGCAUUCCUCUUGGUAUUUGCUUUUGUCAUUGAGUUCCGAGAUCAGAUAGAAGGUUUUUCAAUAAACUGCGCUACACGAUUGGCUGAAAAAGCUCGCGCCACUUUUUCAUCCAAUCAGAAGUCAAACCAAAACCAAUCAGGACUCACUGGCAUACGUUUUCUCGCGCUUCGGCGUCAGUGACAUGAAAUUAUUUCCAGUUUUGAUUGGUUCACUGUAUAUUGUCCAUGUCCUUUGUGAUUGGCUAGAGAGAUAACUUUAGUUUUGAUUUUUCGCGACACUCAAUUGAUAACUGUGGUAGUCUUAUUAACAUGGCGUAAAUUAAUAAUAAAAACAAGCUUGGAGACUCAAAAAGUGAUUGUUGAACCAGCGCAAACAAAUGGUCGUAUUAACUGAAUUUUACAGGCUAACUACCGUAAUCUAAUUUGAUAUAAUACACAGUUCUGAACAUGGCGUGGUUUGCCAUAGGCUUGAUUUCCAGCCGUUUUGGGAGUCUGGUUGUUUAUCCUCCUCCCAACGAACACGGGCUCACAAAACGGCUGGAAAUCGAGCCUAGGUUUGCCAUCAUGAACUAAUUAAGGCCAAAAUGUAGAUUUUUGUUCGUGGGAUUUAAACCUGGUUGGCUUAAUGAAAUCACACGGUAGAUAGUCAGUUGGUUUAAGGUAAUU